AUGCUUCACGCUAUAGUCGUCCUAAAGCGCAAGGUUCAAGAUGAUCCUCAAGCCCUUGUACAACAAGAUAUCCGCAUCACAGGGCAUCGUCGAUGGCGAGUCUGCGACAAUUGGAUCUUUUAUACAACGAAUGUGGAGGAAAUGAUGACGACCUUGAUGAAAAUGGUACUCCCAUAUGGUAAAGCCAAGGUCGUGAAACAGCAUUUGAAGAGCCUCAAGUUCUCGUUUGCGCUUACACAUGAAGAAGCCUCCUUGAUUGCCCGUAUUCAGCAAAAUUACGAAGCGAUGACUGCAACUCAACGCGCCGUCCUUCUCUGGAAACAGCAGCCACAGUCGUACACAAGUUCCUUGGAGUCAUGGUGGCGCAUUUUCGUGUAUGGCCCAAUGUUCGAUACAGCAUUCAUGCUUGAAGACAAUUGCACUGUUGUCAGGUCCGAAUCAGAGUCUCAGACAUACAAGGACGGUAUUGUAUCCAAGGAUACCAUCCCAAUGAAUGCAAGUACCAAGUCCAUCGAUGAGGCUGUUUGCAAAAACAAAAGCCGAAGAGUGGCAACAAUCAAGGCCAUCGAGUAUAGGUUGCCACAGCGGCGAUUGAUCAACCACUUUGAAGCAUUGACAGCACUUUGGCACGGCUAG